UUUGCGCCGCACGGUAGACAAAGCGGGUUGUUUACAGUUUGCAGCUGAUCCACUGUGUCACAUUCUCCAGCAGAGGCGCUCGACCCUCGUAAGGCUUGGAGAUUUUGUCCGGAGUGUGUGGAUUUGUUUGAUUUCUAUGUUAGGUGUUGGGCACUGACGUCUUCUUAAAAAUGCCUACAGCAUGGCACUGCUGUCCUCCCUGCAUGGUUCCCAGGUAACUCUGCUGUCAGUGUUGCUGCUAUGCUGGGCAGGUGUGUGUGGCGGGAUCCCAGACCCUCGCCAGAGAGAAUUACUGAUACAGCAGGAGGCCUCCCGACAAACAGGGGGCACUGUUGUGCUGACAGAGGCUGAGCGGAGGCUGAGUGCUCAGCUACACAAGUUGAAACAGCGGGAAAUGGAGGAGCCACAAUUCCCUCCAGCAAUACACUUCUUCAAAGCCCUACCCCUCAUCCAGCGUAGCCCUGUCUUUAGGCUGCUACAGAAGAUGCCCAAAGGGGCUGCUCUGCACAUCCACGAUUUUGCUGUGGUGGGGGUGGAAUGGCUGGUGAAGAACGUGACCUACAGGCCGCACUGUUAUAUCUGCUUCACCGCAAGCCAAUCGGUGCGCUUCCGCUUCUCUGCCAAGCAGCCCCACCCCCUUCCGCAGUGUUCUGCUUGGGUUCUGCUGGAGACACUGAGGGGAAAGGUGGACAACACCACUGACCUGGACAACAGCCUGAUGCAGAACCUCACGCUGUUCACAGAUGACCCUGUGAAUGCCUACCCAAGCCAAGACAUUGUGUGGAGGAGGUUUGAGGAGACGUUUAUGGCAGCCUUAGGGCUGGUCACCCAUGCACCCGUGUUCAAGGACUAUUUCUACGAGGGUCUGCAGCAGUUCUACAUGGAUAAUGUCAUGUAUUUGGAGCUGAGGGCUUUGCUGCCAAUGACGUACGAGCUCGAUGAAAGUAGGCAUGACAGGGCCUGGAGCCUGAAGGCCUAUCAGGAUGUAGCCAGGCAGUUCGUGACUGAACAUCCUGACUUCCUGGGAGCUCGAGUCAUAUUCACUGCUCACAGGGGUUUGAACUCGACUGAGGCAAAAGCUAUAGUGGAAGAGGCCAUGCAACUACAGAAAAAGUUUCCGGAGGUCAUGGCAGGAUUUGAUCUGGUGGGGCGUGAGGAUGGAGGGAGACCCCUCUGGUACUUCAGGGAGGCCUUGUCCCUGCCAGCAGAGCUUGGAGUCACCCUGCCCUACUUCUUCCACGCAGGAGAGACAGACUGGGAGGGCACAGACGUGGAUGAGAACCUUCUGGACGCCCUGCUUUUCAACACCACUCGCAUUGGGCACGGGUUUGCCCUGGCGCGCCACCCUCUAACCAAGGAACUCUCCAGGAAGAGGGGUGUGGCUGUGGAAGUCUGCCCCAUAUCCAAUCAGGUGCUGAAGCUCGUCUCGGACCUGAGGAAUCACCCUGCUGCAGCACUCAUGUCUGAAGGCCAUCCGAUGGUGGUCAGCUCAGAUGACCCAGCCACCUUUGGAGCGACUGGGCUCUCGUACGACUUCUACGAGGCGUUUGUGGGCCUGGGCGGGAUGAACGCCCACCUGGGCACACUCAAGGAGCUGGCUGUCAACUCCAUCAGAUACAGCUCCCUCUCUCCUGAACUGAAGGACAAAGCGCUGGCCCUGUGGCAGAGGAAGUGGGACAAGUUCAUUUCUGAGAACUCUUAAUAGAGCCCAGAGCACAAGAGGGAAUGACUGGGAACCAGGUGGCAAAGUCACACCAGGCCACGGGGUUCAUGUGCCAGAUAAAUCCACAAAGAUGUGUCCAGGACAGAGAGGUUCUCUUCCACUAAGCAUGAGCCAUGGUCCCAGUGUUGCCAACCUCUUGCCUUCGUUGUGUGCCUCCACUAAAAAUAGUGAAUUUGGAAAGAUCUCAGGAAAGCAAAUGCUGCCCUCUGGUGGAAUGUGGGCUGUUUGCUCUGUGUCAGGAAGUGGUGCUGUAACCACAGUGCUGUAAGCUCCCACAAAAUGGAGGAAUCCCUGAUAUGUCUGGAAGGAAAGGUUCUUGAAACGUUCCAUAUCGUGGAUAUAGACAGCGCACUUUAUUGGUAACAAAGUGAGAAUUAUCUGACUGACCUGACAAUCUUAAACACUUAAUGUAUAUUUUUAAUAUUUUAAUCCCAGUGAUUUUUAUUUCACCAAUCUGGAGCGCCCAAGCACAUUUCUAAACCUGACUCAUCUCUGGUGUCAGCCUUUAUCAGUUCAGGGGUGUGUAUCAUGAAACAGGAUUACUGAGUUAUCUGGAUAACUGCACUGAGUAAAACCCAGAACCAUCCCAAGUGCGGAAUAUGGACUGGAGUAAAAAUAGCUGUUCUGGGUUUUACUCAGCGCAGUUAUCCGGCUAAGUCGGUAAUGCUGCUUUGUGAUGCAGGCCCCAGGAGAGUAUAUAUUAGCAGGUGUCUUAUCUGAAGCAUGUGCAUACUUCUGCAGUCCACCAGCAAAACUGUGCAACUGCUUUGGUUGAAAGGCACCUAAUAUAACUUGAACCAGUGCUCUACCCUGAAAAGCCACACAAGAGUCCUUAAAUACUUGAUUCUAAUAUUGGAUGCUGCAGCUGCAGGCUUGGUCUUCACCCGAUGUGACUGAGGAAAUGGAGACAAGUCUCAGUGAUGUGUGAAUGCUUUUAUAUGGAUAAAGAUUUUUACACUGGAGUUAUGAGGACAUUUAUUGGAGUCGUCCGUUUAAUGUUUUAUAUGACUGAAAUUAGUAGUCGCACAGGAAUUGCCUUAAAAGGCUAUGUCAUUUUUGUCUGUCACAUUCUGCUUGCUUGUAUUACUAAAUUAAAUGGGGAGUCUACAUCACACACAACAAAAUGUUCUAAUUGGCGAAAGAAUAAGAAUCUGCUAUAUUUUGCGGAAGUCAUUCAUUACAUUGUUGAUAAAGUAACUUACCAACUCUUCGCAUUUUAUGGUUGAUUUAUUGUUAACAGUUAUGUAAUUACCAAAUAUUUCUGUUAUUUUUUUGUAGUACAAACAUGUGACCUAUGUGUUAGUAGCUUAUUUGGAAUGUGCCCAACAAGACAAAAAUUAUCAAUUUUUUUUCAGUAUAGAAAUUGUGACUAUGUGAAAUAUUGCUACAGUUCAUGACUUCAAUUCUUUGGAUUUUAUGGCCAUUUCCCAAACUCUCAAAAGGAGGGAAAAAAUGAUGUGCGUCUAUUAUGGUCAACCACCAAAUGGAAAUCUGACAGUAGGUUAACUCCAGACCACACACUUGUUACUAGUAAAACUCCAUAGUUUCUAACAAUACAAGGGACAUGUCAUUUGUGAAUGGAACGGGUCUCAUAUUUAAUACAUGUGGAAAAAUAGGACCAGUGUCAAGGUUUAUGGUAAUACGUCACUGAGAUAAGACUGAGAUUAAACAUCUGAUUAACUAUGAA